UUUCACUCACUAUUGACUUGCGCUUGUUGAAUCAUAUAAAUUCGUAUAAGAUCUUAUUUUUAAAAAUGACCUAAACCAAGCUGGAUAUUUGCCAAAAGUGUUUAGCGACAAGUGCAUAAGAAAAUACCCGUAUGGAUUACCUUCUAAAAAGCUUCCUGGAUCCGAUUUAUAAAACAGUUUAAUCUUCCGCACAAAGAGUAGGUGUCAGGCGCAAACUUUUCGUUUUGGGUGACAACUGCUUUUGGAGCAGAAUAUUAAAUACUGUUGCUUAUUGAAAAUGUGAUUGUAUAACCAAACUUAGAAUGAUGCGGGGAAUAAGUUUUGGACUUGUUGUGGUUGCUGCUUUGGCCGUAACAUUAGUAACAUCACAAAGCUGGUCUGGAAACUACCAGAGACGUUAUGGAGUGAUACGUUACGAAUCAUACUGGUAUUGUCGAUGCCGUUACUGGCACCGGUGGCGGUUGGGAUAUCGAUGGUAUUGGCGAUCGUGGUGUCCCGCUUCCAGCUUUUAUCGGCGUCCUGUGUUUGGCUAUAUUUACUCGUGUAAACCUGGAUGGACACAUAGUGGCAAUCGAUACUGCAAUAUACCUAUUUGCCGGCCAACAUGUAAGAAUGGUGGGAACUGUUUAUCUCCAAAUGUAUGUGAUUGCCCAAAUACCCAAACAUGUCAGACACUCACCUGUUCCUAUCGACGCCCAUGCUAUCCUGGGGACUGUGAGGAGAAUACAUGCAAAUGUGAGCCCGCGUUUUAUUCAAUGAACAUAUACGACGGAUGCAUCAACAUUAAAAGCACUGCGGAGGGGUUUCGUCCAGAUAUCGUUCAAAGCAACGUUACACUUGCCCAAAUACGACCCUCUGAUAAUAAAACGCAGUAUAUGUUCACUGUGGUCGGGAAGGAUGAAAAUGACUUCACGCUUGUUUGGAGCAAUCAAAAGCGUUUCAACAACCUGAGGUUCGAGUUUGAUACGCUGAUUGACACCCCUGAAAUCCCAGAAAGGCCGAAUUAUGUCCAUGACGCUAAAAUUGGAAUAGUCGCAAGCAGUAUAGAGGCAUCUGUAAGCAAAAUACCACGUGAUGGAGGCAGCAAUCGAUACAUAGCCUCCAACAAAACCUACAACUGUGAGACUGGAAUAAGCAAUGAUACUCCUGCAGUAGAGAAGGACACUUGUGAAAUCAACGAUGAAAACUUUGCGACCCUGAUUGAACAUGGAGAUAUCCUUCUCCUUAAAUUCCGAUCGCGUAGCGGUGGGUUUCAAAAGCUAAUCAACAUAGAUGACCGAGGGAAACCGUAUGCGACAAAGAAUUACAAUGGCCUUCAAGGCGAGCAAAAUCUGGAGUUCCGAUUCGACUUUGUUGUACCCGAGCACUGUUCUUUAAAUUCCGGGUCGUGCCUUCCCAAGCCACUUCACAUAGACAAUGAAUUUACCAGAACAAACAUCCGAGCCAGCUGGUCGGAUUGGACAGAUGCGAUGGCUGGAAUGUGGCAGUAUUAUAUGGAGGUGUUUAAACUCGCACCCAACAGAGACGAAAGACUAGUAGAGGCCACGCCCAUUAAUCCAGUUUACAAUAAAGCACUGAAUCACACCAACGGGGAAAUGUCUAGUUCAUACACGCCAGACGAACCUGGAAUGUACAGUGUGCUCUUGAAAGUGUCCGAUAUGGCCAAUAAUUCCAGAAUCGCUCGGCGCUUUGUUCUUUACGAUGAUUCAUCCAUGAUAUCUGUGAGUAACGAAACGGACAAGAAGCUGUACAUCUCGAGUGCUGUCGAGGAAACUGGAUACGCUUGGCAAACGCAUUCGAACAGUGAGGAUAACAUAGUUACGGUGAACACGAGAUGGGAUGGACACUUUGCAAACAAACUUCAUGAAGACGGGAAAUUUCUUGCUGAAAUCGAGAAGUACCCAACUCAGUUCAAGGACAUAGAAGAUGAUGGAAUAUUAAUGAGUUUAAAGUUUGUUGCCGACACUCUUGAUGACGACGAAGGUAAACGUACACGGAAAGCCAUUACUAACUACCAUGGUAUCAUCAAAUUUGAGGUAGCAUAUGACCCAUCCCCAUCAGAGGAAGUGCCAACAACAGGAUGGACAGUUAUCCCACUUCAAGAAAGUAUAUCCACACAAAGAAUCCUUGAAGAUGGCGACCGUUUGCGCGUAUGGGUCCGAGCUACUGACGUAAUGGGAAAUACAAAUACCGACUCGACGUUCAUGAGAAUUGACGGAUCACCUCCGUUCAUUUCAAGUGGAAAUGGCUCUGAACAUCAAGUCGUAUUAAAUAUUGAAGGUGAAGAAUUCAAACAUGCGUCAAGAGCGAGCUUUCUGGCUUCUGAUCUGCAAAGUGGUGUUCACAAGAUCGAAAUAAAACUAACAGUGAAAUCGCCUGGCAAGGAAAACAUGGUCACAUAUCGUAAUUUCACAGAAGCUAGAAGAGGGAAUGACAUCACAGAUCCGCGGUGUAUCGGUUUCGACAAGAUCGGGAUGUGUCUCCUGCCAGCACAGAUUGUGGAAAUUGACAACUGCUGGCUAACUGUAAGCAAGAAGGACCUUGAGACGGCUUCAGGCGAGCUAGAGCUCACAGCUUACAACCAAGCGAUGCUUACAGCAACCACUGCCUUUGAUAUGGGUCCACUGACAAACCUUCAAGGCUUGGAAAAAUACAAUGGCCCAACGAACGUAAAUAUCGAAAACGUGUCUCCAACUGGCUUCAGGCUUACAUGGCAACUGCCUGAACCAGAGUCCUGUUAUGGAGCUGCAGAUAUCGUCAUUAUCUUAACACACAUUGAUUCAAAUGGCGAAAAAGAAAUUAGAUCAUUUGAAACGCCAAGUACUGCUACCUACUUUGAUUUUCUCGGACUGAACCCUGAGGUGAAAUACAAUUUAGAGCUUCAGAUAAAGACCGAAGGUGGAAUGGCACUGAACCUCGGAGAAGACCUGUCCGUUGUGACUUUGAAAGAAGAAUCUCCUGGAGGGAUUCCUACAAGAGCUGUUGUCGGAAUAGUAAUUGGUAUAAUUGUUUUUUGCGUUUUGGUUGUGGGCGUUCUCUUCAUACUCACACGUCGUGGAAUAAUCAACUUUAAAUUGCAACGUAGAAAGGGCGUGAUACGUAGAGCCGUCACGAAACAUGCACGUCAACCGAACAUGUUACAGCUUGAGCCGAUUCCGGGACAAUCGCAUGAGAACAAGGGCUUAGCGUUUGAUAAUCGUCAGAAUGAGUUGAACUUCUAUGAAAAGUUGGAUUUUAAUUCCUCCAGUAAGGGUUUUAUAAGAACGGACCAGAUUUCAUUUGGAGAGCUCUUAAAAAGUGGUCACUUUGCGAACAUUUACCGAGCACGUUACAAUAGACAAAACGUUGUGGUAAAAACCUUAAAAGAGAACUUCACGAAUGAAGACGAAAUACUAAUGAAAGCGAUGAUAAAAUUCUCCUCCGACAGAGUUGGCGAUCAUCCAAACAUCAUCAAGUUCGUUGGAGCGGUCGUGGAUGAUGUAUCUAGGGGUCCAUUGAUCAUCAACGAGUAUUGCGAAAACGGAACUCUGAAAGAAUACCUUGAGGAAAGAAAAUCUAACAUGACCGUUGAGAUGCAAGAAAAUCUCUUCCGCUUUGGAUUUGAUGUCGUUAAAGGCAUGGACUUUCUUGCUAUUAUAUAACGCGGUAACACACGGGCGUCUUGCUGCAUGCAACAUAUUCCUGAACCAACUCAAUGAGGUGAAAAUUGCGGGGUUUGGACCCAUAUCUGCUGGCCAGGAAGGCGAGGAAGACGAAGGAGACGCGGACUCUGAAAACA